CUACCAGGUUCUCACAACGCAAUUUGCUCACCGAGCGAUCCAACGCUGCAUCUUCACACUUCUACUUGAUUAACCACGAGACCGAUACACGGCUAUUGGCUUCUAGAAGAUGCCUUUUCUCAGUCUCCUCUUCGCCUGCUUUCACGACACUGACCCCCCUGGCGCCACAAUCGUUAAUUCGGAUUCUCGCAAAGACUCUGUCUUUUCACAGCAAAACAACGCCAUACUUUGCCCGAGACCAACUCUGGCCGCUCCACAAAAUGUCCAGCCGGUGAAUGUACCUCCACUUCCUCCUUUCGUCUUCCCAGUAGGCAGAGAUUCAACUGAAACUCAAGUCAAGACGAACGGUCUCUCCAAUCGUGGCCCUUUUGCCAACCCUGACACAAGUAAUCUAGCCAACUGCAAUGGUGAUGUUGGGCCUGUCAACACCCGCCUCAUCGACAGGAAUCAAUUUGACCAUGACUACGCACGUAAGCAGCAAUUUCGUGAGGAGGGACUGCUUUCUAAAUCGGGACACGAACCUCGUAUGUUGAGCGAGCAAGAUCAGAAGGACACCAAACGCAACAAGACUGUGAAAUCAAAGGCUCAAGAGCAUGUUGGCCGUCUUCGUGCAGCCGGGCUACUUCCUCCAAUUGGUGUCUAUGGAGCGAAGACCAGACUCGACACCCCCAACGUUGCAGACGAUGGGUAUGGCAAUAAAGCCUCUCCCACGAGAAAUUCAGUCGGACACGGUACCUCCGCAAGCACCGCUCGUAGGUAUGCUGCAGGCAAACAAGCCGCCCUCGACAACAUCAACCAGAACCUCUUCAAGCAGGGCCUGCUCUCUUCAAAAUCAGCUCUGAACAUCGCGUCUGACUAUUCAGCCGUCACCGACACACCCCUGAUCAUCAACCCUGACAGCACAGCUUCCAAAGCCGCACGCAAUAAAGCUAAAGACAAGGACACUAGCGAAAAAACGGUUCAGCAGCUCCGCAACGUCGGCAUUCUUGCACCCAAGAAGAAUACCAUCGCAACAGGCCUGCGGUAGACUUCCGGUCCUGCUCACACAUGUGCAGGAUGAAGAGGACGGACACGCCACAACCAACGGGUCAGCAGAUAUGCAUGUGAAAAUAGACGUUGUAGUUUGGACAGGAGCGUUAAGGCAUCACAUAGAAUCCUGUAGAUGCACAAAAUGAACGUUUAAUAGGGG